GUCGCUAGGGGCGGCGUUGAGCGGUCCGGGGCUGGUUGCUGCUGAUACGCGGCGGGUUUUGUGUGUCAUCGGCUGCAGUACACUCGGUUCGCUGGGCUGUGCUUCCUGUAAAUCACAUGGAAGCUGCACAGAAGCGAUUUCUCGGGGCCCAGGAAGCGAAGAACGGUAGGAAGAGGAGGGCAGCAUGGCGUUGGUGAUGCUCUGGGUUUAUUUAUUAGCGGCGUUGAUCUGUGAAGUGUUUGGAGAAAUAAAGGCCCCAACAAAUAUUCGGAUUCAGGCUUUUAAUCUCAAGUAUGUGCUUAAGUGGGACGAUGUGCAGAACAGUAAUUACAGUGUGAGUUAUACUGUAAAUUACAGAAGUAGGGUUGGACCCUGGAAGAAUGUCAAGGGAUGUGAAAGUAUCACCCGUACAGAGUGUGAUUUCACUUCAGCAGACAUCAUAUUUGGUGGAGAAUACUUCCUGCGGCUACAAGCCCAUCAUGGGAAUCAGACAACAGCCUGGUUGGACACAGGUUCAUUUAUUCCCUACAAGAACAAUGAAAUUGGUCCUCCUUCAGUAUAUGUGGAAUCAAAAAAGCAGAUGCUUAUUGUCAACAUUUUCGAAAUGCAAAUGGAAAAUAAUGUAUCCAUACAAACGAUUUAUAAAGAUAUUCAGUACAGGACAACCUACUGGAAAGAAAAUUCUUAUGAAAAUGGAAAUGAGAAAACCAGCAGUAACAGAUUGGUAGUUCUGAAGCUUGAACCUUGGACCACCUACUGUCUGAAUGUUCUGGCUUUCAGCACUGGGUACAACAAAACAGGACAGAAUAGUUCAGUUGUGUGCAAGAGGACUGGUGGUUCUACUCCCAAGUGGCUGAUUGGUAUAGGCUUCCUUGUUUCACUAGUGGUGUUUUUCAUUGGAGCAGUAGGAUGCACCUUCUGUAUACAUUCCAUGUACAGAUGCAUAAAGUAUACCUUGUUUCCCCCACACACCUUACCAGAACAUAUACAAGAGUGUUUCAGUGAACCAUCUCAGAAAGCUCCAUUCCAUGUGCUGGCGUCAGUGGAAGAUUCUGAGGAAUGCUGUGAUCCGCUCAUAGUCAUUACUGAAACCAAGAGCUUGAGCUCCUGUUCGAGUUCCUUUAUUUCAAAUAUUGAGAACGAAAAGAAUGAUCAAAGUGGUCAAACGAGUGCAGAUUCGGGGCGAUUUUCAAAUGCAGGAAGUUGCAGGAAUGAAGAUUUCGAUGAAAGGACACUCACAGAACUUGAUUUACAAACAUAGAUUUUGUACUUUUAAACUAAAACUUUUCUAUUCAAGUUCCAUCUUUGAUUUUUGGGUAUUUUCUCAAACUGCCAUGUACCACUGGGUGGGUUUGAACAUAUGUAUGUUGCUACUUAGCUUAUUUAAUUUCAGAUGCUUUUAAUUUUUUAAUGCUAAUUUGUUAUAAAAACUUAUUUCUCCCACACAGUUCUGCAGACUGAAAUUGGCAGUCUAGAUUUAAAUCACUUUUAGAGAGAAUCUCCAAUUCAACAACAGAUCUUUUUCACAAUUCAAAUAGAGAUGUGGAGAAAAAAAUGUUUUGUUUUAAGUAAAAUUUAUAUUUUUAUAAAAUUUUCCAAAAGCUACCACAGUGCUACCUGCAAUCCUGUUGACAACGCUGGUAGUAUAAAUGGGAUUACAGGGUAUGCCAUUGCAAUACAAUAAUGGCAGGUGUUCAGUGUCAAAGUAAUUAAGAUAUUUCUAAAUGUGCAUUUCAAUUAAUUAAUUAUUCUGCCUUUGUUAUGAUCUGGAAUGCACUGCCUGUAGGGGUGAAAGAAGUAAAAUGAUCGAUAGCAUUCGACAUGGAAUUGAGUAAAUCUUUCAGUGGCAGAAAUAUUUUGCAGAACCUCUGUGGGGAGGGGAAGCGGGUUAUCGGGAUUAACAGGAUAGCUCGGCUGAAAAAUUGGUAGAGUGGUUGUUGGCUGAGUGGCCUCCUAUACUAUGUUAUUUUGUGAAUUCCUUGGUUAGUUCCCUUCUGCACAGUGUGAUACUUGAUUGUAGAUACUGGCGGGGUUGGACAAUUUAAUGACUGAAGAGUUUCAUGUCCCUCAGAUAAGGAGGAAUAAAUAUUAUAGUAUUCCUGUUCAUAUUCUCAAUGCUGGGAGAUCUUUUGAAAAUAGUGUGUGCAAGGAAAAAAAGGCAAGAUCAAACUAGAUAAAACUCCAUCAAUGGCAAAUAAUUUCCUCUCUUCCCACCAUUCCUCAUCCUGGAGUAAAACUGUCAUUGUUUACACAGGUAGGAAGACGUAAAUAAUCCUUAACAUUGUUCCCAAUAAUCUCAUCCAAGAUGCCUCAUUUAAAACAAGUGAAUAAUAAAAAGGAGGAAUAAAAUGGGUCUUAAAAUUCUCCACUUUUUGGGCUGGCUUUAGACUCACCCUGGGAUAGGUUUCCACCCCAUUCCUCAAGUUUAUUAAUCCAUGAAUCUGUGGAACAGCCGAUCUGGUGCCUAAAUACUUCUCAAAACAUGGGACUAAUAAAAUCUAACUCGCUACCAUUUAAAAUCCACUUCUUACCAGUAUUAAAAAUGGUAGUCCUGUUUUUAGAAACCAUGUAAAAGCCCAGUAUUUUAUUGAUGGUAAUCUCAAGGCCGUUCUUACUCCAAAACUUUUCCAAGACCUUGAGAUUCUUGAACUUGCCCUUGUGAGAAUCCAAUCCCACUUAGAAAAGGAAACAACAUUUUAAAGGUUUGAAGCAAUCAACUGACUUGAGUUGACGGAUACUACAGUCACUGGUGCAUGGAUCAAGAGGUUCCUCUCAUAGGACUCACUACAGUAUAAUUGGUAGAAUUUUCAUAAUGCACUUGCAGUUGCAAGUUGCUGAUUUUCUGAUCACAUAAUUUUAAUGAGUUCUCCACACCCAGUUCUUCUCUCAUGAAGAAAUUAUAACUGUAUUCUCUAUUCUACUGAAAAUAGUCCAGAUCUAGUGAGUCAUACAUCUAGGAUCCAUACGUCACCAUGCAAGGACUGUAUCUUCAGCAGUUCUGGCUUACUGCUGUUCCUGAAUCAGAUGGAUACAACAUUGUUUUUAAUUUCUGCCUUGUAUUUUUUUUUCUUUUGUUUGUCACACUUGUGUUUGUUUUUCACUGAAUUUAUAAAAAUGUUACAUUUUAUACUGAAAGAACAAAAGGAAAAAAAUGCUGAAAACUGUGUUUUAGAAAAAAGUUAUAAUGAAGAAACCUGAAGUAGUCUCAUUGAAAAUUAAAUAUUAUUUGUUUUCAUUAACUU